AUGGAUUUUAACGAUCUCAAGAGCACUGUGUCGAACCUAACCUUGUAUGAUCUCAAGGCCGGGUUCCGUAAAGCACAAAAUGCUGUCAUGAACUAUACAGAAAUGGAGUCAAAGGUCCGAGAGGCAACCAAUAACGAACCAUGGGGUGCCUCGUCGACAACGAUGCAAGAAAUCGCCAACGGCACAUUCAGCUAUCAAACACUCAACGAGAUUAUGCCCAUGAUAUACCGCAGGUUCACGGAAAAGUCGGCCGAGGAGUGGCGCCAAAUCUACAAGGCCUUACAGCUGUUGGAAUUCCUGAUCAAGCAUGGGUCCGAACGAGUUAUCGACGAUGCCAGGGGACACAUUACAUUGCUCAAGAUGCUGCGCCAGUUCCACUUCAUUGACCAAAACGGCAAAGAUCAAGGCAUCAAUGUGCGAAACCGAGCCAAGGAACUAGCAGAACUGCUGGGCGAUGUUGAACGUAUUAGGGCCGAGCGUAAGAAGGCUCGCGCGACCAAGAGCAAGUACACCGGUGUAGAGGGAGGCUCAUCGUUUGGUGGUGGUUUCUCUGGUGGUAGCCGCUAUGGCGGAUUCGGGCCCGAGUCUUCGGGAGGCGGCCCUGCCAACUAUGGCGGAUACUCUGGCGGCGUCUAUGGCGAUGGUGGUGGCUUUGGCGGUCAAUCUAGUGAUUACCAAGAAGGUGGUAGUGCCGGCCGAUCCGAUCGAUUCGAAGAAUACGACGAGUUUGACGAAGGUGACCGACCCGCACCCAGCUCGACCAGAAGGGCCCGAACCGAGCGUGCCGGGACAAAGAAAACAACUCCCGAGCCUGCAAAGCCCAAAGAGCCUGCAGUCGACCUGUUCUCUUUCGAUGAGCCCGCGACAACCUCGAGCGCACCAGCCCCGGCGACUGGCUCUGGACUGGCUGCUCUUGCUGGUCCCAGCAGCGGGCCUGCCGCCGCAAAUGAUGAUGAUGAUGAGUUUGACGAUUUCCAGUCCGCUGCGCCUGCAGCACCGCCGUCUGCUGCCCCGGCCCAUUUUGCCCAACCGCUGGCCGCUCCCGCCGCAGCACCCUCACAAGCUCCGGCCUCCAAUGCGUUUGCGGCCCUGUCACCGUCAGCUAGCACAUCGGCCACCACUGGCGUUAACUACAGUGCAUUUGCUGCGCCUACCCAGACCGCCAAACCUGCAGCUCCAGCCGGGUUCCAGCCUCAAGGACCCAACUACUUUGGCGGUGUUCAGUCAAACAGCAGCACCCAAGUCAGCACACCCACGAUCCCUACGGCGACAAGCUCGGGACCUACGACCAUGGCAAACACGCGACCCGUUCAGGGCAACAGCAAGCCGGCAACCCCUGCGGCGGGGGGCGAUGCCUUUGGGGCUCUGUGGGGCAAGGCGAGCGCCGGCAUCAAGAAGACGAACACGGCGACGUCUGGCCCUGCUCUUGGUCAAUUGGCCAAGGAGAAGAGCAGCGCCAACAUUUGGGGCUCCUCGGCGUCGAACUCUCAAACACUGGGUGGCACUGGGUCCGGAAGUGGUGGUGGCUCAGCUUCCGGUGACCUUCUCGGCUAA